CGUGCGCAGCACGCCCAAUCGUGCGACGCGCGCAGGCGCAAUGCAUGCCAACAGCGCAUGGCAGCGCCCAGUCAGUCUGCGUGCACCCGACGCCCGUAGUGCCCAACGAGUGCAGGCAGCGCCCGACAACACCAAGCCCAACUCGCAGCACGCGUGUACGCCCGUCACCCAACCGUGCCCAAACGCACGCUGGGGAGUCCCAGCGCGUGCCAGCACGCCCCAACGACGAACCAGCGCGCAUAGUCGGCCUCGGUCCGUACCCAGCAGCACGCCCGAGUGCCCAGUGCCAUCAGGACCGCCAAGCAGCGCCCGUGUGCCACCAGCUGCGACAGUGCACGCAAGCA